GAUUACUUGCACACUACAAUACCAGCUCCGUUGAUGGAUGCCAGAGUAGAGGUUGUCGACAUACACGACUACGUUGCGAAGAUCGACAGCGAGUUCAAGACAAUGAUGGGACUUGGAAAAACACUUCAGUCCAUUGCGUUACUUGCUUACCUUCAUGCUCAGAAAAAUUUGCCUGGACCUUUUUUGGUGCUGUGUCCUCUCAGUGUGACUGAAGGAUGGGCUGCUGAAUUUGCAAGGUUUGCACCGCACAUGGUUGUACUGAAGUAUACGGGAAGUGCUCUGCAGCGUGAAGACAUGCGGCAGAUGAUUGUCGACCAUAUCAACACCCAACCCCGACAUUCGCAAUCAACGAGCGGCGGUGAUGAUGUCCCCACUCGCUCGCCGCCGUGUGUGUCAUCUCCACAGGGGACACCCUUUGGUCGUUUGAGUGUCGAUCGCUCUCCGAGUGCUGCACUGGGCUUGUUGGGAGGAUCACCGCUUAGCGGUGGUCCGGACGUGCGGACUGGGAAAAGGCGCCGUGGUGACGUUUCACCUUCGACAUCUGGCAUCGUUGCACAUGGCCUGACGCACCGUGCAUCUUUCCCGGGUUUAUUGGGGGCUUCUCCACCAGCUGUGCCGGCGGUUCGUAAUGCUAUUGCGUAUGCAGGUGUGCUUGGUGCUCCGUUGCUACCGUCCCCGCUCCUCCCUAGACGGUUGGACUACGCGUCCAUGGUUCCUCCAACACCAGUUUGGUCACAUGCAGUGCCCCCGUCAUGUCCUCGUGGACGCUCUUCUGUCGACGGAGGUCGCAGCGACGUCCACCUUGAGCCAGGUUCGCGUUCCAGUAACGUUGGUUUGGCGGCCGCUUCAUUCGGAGUUCCGCCCGAGUCUCCCUCGGUCGCUUCUAAACAGACACCUCGUUUUGAUGAUGACGAUAGCGUUGCCGCAGUUGCUGGCACGCCAUCUUCGGCCGCCAACAACAUUGUGCGAGUGUGUGUGAGGGACGUGUGUCGGAGGCGGUUGUACGCUCUCCGUGAUGCUAUGGCCAGUGUGGGUGACAAUCGCGGACCAGUCAGCGACGUCGUUGACCGGCCACUACACUGGUCGUUGCCAGCUAUACGGGCGGAGUUCGGUGCCAGUGUAGCAACGACAAUUUCUUCAACGUUGCCGUCCCGCGUGUGUGGGAAGGAUUUCCAGUUGCAUUAUUUGCCUGGUGAUUCUGGUGGUGACUAUGUUCAGGGGGGUUCGCAUGGUUCGGGGAGCGCCACGUUGGGGGGGUCACAGGACGGUUCGCAGAACUCGUUCCCGUCCUCACGUCGUGUAUCGCAGCGCAGUGACAGAGGGCGUGGUCGACCCCGCAGGGGACGACGCGAGGGGUGGAAUGGUAAGGUCGUGCGGCAGGGCCUCAGAUAUUGCGAGCUUGCCAUUGAAACUGUGAUGCGACGUGGCGAGCCUGUUACAUUGAUUGUCGAUGGUCGAUAUGACUCUGCCAGAGGGGCGCAGCAUUGCACUGUCACUGCAAUGGAGUACGGGACUCGGCUUGUUGUCGGUGUUAUGACUCUCCGUCCGAAGACCGAAGGCAAGGCCUCAAGUGCGCUUGAGGUGCCAGCCGUCGUCCGACUGCUGCGAGGGUUGCUGGAAAAGGGGUUGAAGAUCUGGUGCAUGGUGUCCGAUGAUUGUGCCGCGUUGGGACCGCAGUUGCGAGCUUUGAACAUCGAUUGGCAGAAGGAUUGCCAUCACAAAAUUAAAAACAUUCACAAGCAUUUCCGGAGUAUGCUGCAACUGAAGGAGGCGAAGAAAGUGAGUAACCCGCACGAGUGUGUGUCCGAGGCGCAGUUCAUGCAGUUCACGAAGAAACAGCUGGUGGAGGCCUUGUAUGACCGUUUCGGACUCGGUGUCCUCACUGCUGCAGAAGAGCGGAUGAAGAAAUCGGAUUUCGUCGGUGUCGUAAUGAAGAAGAUGUGUCCCUUCGGGUCAAGGACGAACGUCCAAGAGUUGACUGCUGAUCCUAACGGCGUGACUGAGUCUCAUGCGCAUGAGGUCGGCAUGUGGUUCUUCCGCGCUUGUCAGUUAUGCAAGGAGGAGGGUGGAGACGCUCGCAGUUUGCACCGUGACAUCAUGCUCAUCGCCGAUCAUUGGGCUGGUGAUCAUUCGGGGUGUGUCGAUGGCAGGGAGGUUAUGUGCGAGAAGGCCGGUGGGCCUACACGAUUGCCUUUGUAUAGGCGCACGGACAGGGUGUACGGACUCGUUCAACAUGUUAUGGGGAAACAAUGCAGCACUAAUAUCACGACGUACUACGUUGAGUUUCGACACACAUCGCCAGUGGAGACUUUUCAAGGCACCAUCAUCAUCUACGCGAAGAAGUCUGUGCAUUUCGAGAAGUCUUACUCUUCGCGUGUGGCGAUCGCAGUGAUUCGGUGGAACAGUCAUUGCUGGCGCGCCCCGGUCGGCUAUCGUGCUCACAUACCCGCAGGCACUUCGAUACGUCCGAGACCCGCCUUUCGUCGACAGAACGAGGAUGCAGACAACUCUUGGAUGCACAGGUUGGCGGCGUUCGUGUUCGGUUUGUCUCGUGUUUCGGACUGGGCUCGAAAGCUUCUGCAGCAGGAGGAUUGUCCUUAUGGAGCCGGGCCCGGAUCGUCACUGCUUCCAUUGCCACGCGAUCUGUUUGUCGCGGGUGGGGCCGACCCAGUGGACGUCGUUGAUGCUUCCUCCGGAUCUGACCAUGAUGUCGCGGGGGACAGCCAUAUUUUCAUUGUCAGUGGUGAGGUGGAGGAUGUGGUGACUGCAUGCCAUGAUUCCGACCCGGCAUCGAGCUCCGAAUCUGAGGGUGACGAUAUAGAGUUGUUCAAUUUAUAUGAACUUGCAGUUUUUGAUCCGUCUGAUCCUAUUUUAGAUCCUAUGUGGCGGCAAGGAAUGUUUGUAAUUCCUAAGAAGGAUCCUUGUCUUCCUUUUCACGUCUUGCUAACAACUUAUGAACUGGCGAUGGUGGACGCUGAAUUCCUCUCACGAUUCCAAUGGCGCUACGUGAUAAUCGACGAGGCACAACGUCUGAAGAACCCGAACAGUGUUCUGUACCAAGCACUGAUGACGCAGUAUAUGAUCCCACGCCGACUGCUACUGACAGGAACACCUGUGCAAAACAACCUAACAGAGCUCUGGGCCCUGCUACACUUUUGCAUGCCACGAAUAUUCAGUGAUCUGGAUGGAUUUCUUGCGGCAUUCACGACAUCGCCAGAGGAGGUCAGAUCCAGCAUCACCCCAUCCAAGGUCACUGGAUCAGAUUCUGCUGUUGGAUAUAGACCAAACAUGGUGACUCAGGCAGGGAAUAGCAUGUCUGUCUUGCGAAAGAUUCUAGAAUCAUUUAUGUGUCGUCGGACGAAGGCAGAGUUAAUCCAAGCAAACAUCCUCACUCUUCCACCUUUGACAUCAGUUACGAUGAUCUGGGAUGUUGAGAGGGGUUCGACGAUGGAGGGCAAUAAGGUGGAUAGGGAUGGCUAUGACCCAGCGCUCAUGGGGAUCAUGGGGGAUGAGGAAGAAGAGCUGAGACGGCUGCUGGACAACCAGCCCCCACCGCCUCCUCCACCAGGGGGUGAAGGGAUGGACGGUGGACGAAACAGGAACAAUGGUUUUGUCCCUAUAGCUUCAGCCCAGUGGGUAGAGGAGAAAGCCAGACGACAACAGGAUAGGGUCUGGGUGCAGGGUGGCUUCAAUCAUCUGGCCCCGAUCAACAUCAAGGGUUGGAAGUUCCUCGCUGAUCUUUCAAAGAGCGAGGUUGAGGAGUGUCGAAGGAAAGCUCUGACCGGAAUUUUGGACUAUGCUAACAACACCCCGCACUGUGGCGGAAAACUUACCUUCCCUACGCUAAGUGAACUGGACCCCACUAAGUGCGUCUACGCUAACCCUGUGGUCAUGCAGAAGAUGAUUACUUCGUCUCUUAGCCUUGAUAUCAAGAAUCUACGCAAGCUUUGGAAUGUGGGGCGUUCGUACCUAAAGUGCAGAUGUGGGUUUAGGAAUGCUCGUACAUGUAAUGGUGGUCCGAUCUGGUUCGACCAUGCAAUCUGGUUCCUCCUGGCGAAGCUAGAGAUUGUGAAACCAGAAGCUGGCUCAAACCGGGUUAGGAUCGCCUUCCUCCUCCAUCACCUGAGGAAUUCCUGGAGGGAGCUUGCAAAAGCCUCCGUCACAUUCAUAUGGAUGCGCGAGGUGAUGCUGACAGUGCUACGUAAUCUCGAACGCAACCCGGAGCUGAUGAUUGUGGAUGCCCUCACCGGGAGCACGUUCAAAACCCAUGCCUGCCCAAAAAUCCUGGCCAACCUGAUCCUCCCCACGCGGAUCACCUCGGGAAUUCCUGCUCCGCAGCUUCCGAACCCCAAGAAAAGGAAGAAUAGAUCCCCCAUGGGGGCUAAGAACAAAAGGGUCAACUCGGCAUCUCCCCGACAGCAGACGUUGCUGAAUUCGUUCAGAAUCGCAGCAUCUCCUGUCAGUGCCUCUUCUUCAAGCCCCGCUAGUACGGCCAGCAGUCAACGAUCUGCGAUCGUAUCUAAUGGCCAGGCAAGCGGCGCCACGGGAACGAGCGGCUUGUCUGAGAGCCGGAUACAGCGGGAGUCACUCUCAGCACAAGAGAGGCUGUACUCUGCAGAGCAGGGUCUCAACACAGGAGUAGCUGCACUUGCGGAUCUGAUACUAGGACAACUCCCUGUUGCCCCUCUUCAAGUCCCAAUGGCGCUGGAACUGGGCAGGCGGAUUCCGGAGAUACUCCGUGUAGAGUAUGAUCCAGACAUCUUCCUGCCCUGGCCUCCUGCUGGACCCACUAUGGUGAGGAUUGUCCGACCAAACGUAUGGGAGGCUCAGCGGAGUUCUGCGCAGCCAGCUAUAGCCCUGGAUAACCUCGCACUUGCCGACAUCUUAACUGCACAACCACAGAUUACGACCAUCGCCGGCAUUGUGCUUGCGGUGGAAUACAAAGGGGUGAUCAUCGGGGAGAUUCGUAGCUUUGGUACUAGAACGGAGGAGGGGAGAAUCGGCUGUGAUACUAGAUUAAGGGGGGUCUCUGGUGAUGGCGCCUUCCCGGGUAAGCAGACAGGGGUACUCUGGCCAGCAAUGAAGACUGCUAUGGGGGAGAUAGCCUUCUCCGUGGUUACUACGCUGGACUUUGGUGAUGAUACGGGAGAAGCAAGUUUCUAUGGAUUUGGCAGACUUUUUGGACCAGAUUCGGACUAUUGGGGAACUAUUUCCAGGGGAAAUGAGGUGUUUUAAAAAAAUAAAGAUGCAAAAUUAAA